AUGUAAAGUGAGUUUUAGGAAGAAGUAGUUAAAUCAGAAUAUGUUUAAGCAGAGGAACAAUCGUUGAAGUUCUAAAACAUGGUUAGUUAUAAUCCAGAACAACUAGUAGAAGAUCGUCUUAGAGAAUCUAUUCGAUAAUCAGCUGCUUAAAGACCAGCUAAUCAUUAAGAUGACCCAACUUCAGUUAAAUUUCAUAGACAUCAAUCAUAUAACCAAUUAUAAGCUUGGAUGGAAUAGGUUGGAAUUGAUAUGUAGCAACACAGAUAAAUUAUUAAGGAUGUAUAUCGUAUUUUAGAUAAACGAAUUGCAAUUUCAAAUAGAAGCAUUCAAAAUCUAAUUCAUUUUAUCAAGACUUUUGUGUAACAUGAAAAAUAAAAUGUAGAAUAUUUGAGAACUAAAAAUAAAGAUAUAUCUAAACUAUUUUAAGAUGGUUCAACAACGUAUUAUCCUAAAUUAGAUGAAACAAUUAAAGAAAUUUGUAAUUAUGAUCAAGGUAAUGCAAUAAAAAUAUUAAAUCUACUUGAUGGAAUUGAUAAAUUCAUUAAAGAGAAAUUGGAUUUCAAUAUUGAUAUGUUUGAAUCUGGAAUUUCAAUCCAUAGAGAUCAAUAUAGAAAAGCCUUCAGUAAUUUUGCAUCAAGUUCAUCCAAACUUACUAAAUAUCGUAGGAAACAUCAAGGCUUAUAUAUUAAGUAAAUGUAAGGGGAAAAUAAAGGUAAAGAUCUUUAUCAUACUGAACGUAAAUUGAUUAAUUCUUUCCUUGAAAUGGCCAAAUUAUAAAAAAAUAUGGGAUAAGCUGUUACUAGAUUAUUUGAUGAAGUAAAAAAAUAAGAAGUCCAUAGAUAUCAAAUAGUUAUAACUUCUUUAAGAAUGUAUCUUGAUAAACAUGUCUAAUUGAGUUAAAGCAAAUAAUAAUAGAUUUCAGCCUAAGAAGAACUUAUUUAUGGAGUAAAUUUUUCAUUUUUACAUACUCUAGCUCAUAAAUCAAUUAGAAAAUGAUUAAGUAGUUUAAUCAUUUGAAGUACUCAGUUUCUUAGGCCAAGAUAUUGUGAGAAUUAUUUAGAAAAUGCUAGGCAAAUAAUAAUUGACACUUUAACAAUUUUAGGAUUUUCUUUGUAAUUAUCCUGAUGCAUAUAUUAAAUUGGGAAGUGUCUAAGAAAAUCAUUCUUUAGUUAAAUUAAAAAUCAAAAAUGCAUAAAUAGAUUGUGGUAAUGUUUUGAAGACAUGGAAACCCUGCUAAAUUAUAGCUACAAUUGAUAAUAAUAUUCUUAUCUAUCUUAAAGAAAACAAUGAAUUUAAAGGAAAGUUUCUAUGUGAUUCUUCCCAAAUUGUUUAAAAGACUAGAAUGCCUUUAACUGCAGAAAUUAAAUGUACUAAACCCGGAUUUAUAUUUGAUUCUACAAAAACAGCUCUCUUAUAAUUAGAAGCUUAAGAUUUUGAUUCUCUUCAUGGAUUGUUAUUUAAAGAGCUUAAAUGAUUUUAUUUUUAUCUAUAUUGAAUGCACU